AUGGACAGGGAGGGCAGGAGGUCUCCCGAAAAGGGAGUGGAUUUCCUGACAGUCAAAAAUGUGAUACUGCUAGGGUUCGGCGUUAUAUGUUUUAUACUUAUUUAUAAGUUCAUGAAAUAUCGAAAGAGAGUUUCGGAAUUUGAGAGAAAUAAGAAAAUAGGUGAACAUAUGAAAAUGUCAAGGGAGAAAAGGCUGCAAGAAUUGGAAAAAGAAAUGAUGGUUAAUAAACAAAAAAUGAGCGAACAAAUGAACAAGGCAGAUGAUAAAAAAGAUAAAACAUUAGACUCAGCCAAACCAAAAGCAGAUUCCAAGGACGAUUCGUCGUUCAGCCAUUUUAGGGAUUUGUCAAAUUACUACAGGCCGUCCAUAAGAAAUAGGUUACGAGAAAAAAUUUCACAUGAAUAUGAUGUUUCUCCCUCCAGGGGUACAAAAAUACCUCCUGACGAUAGCUUGGAUGAAUUAAAGAGCAUAAAAAAAAAAAAAAAAAAAAAAAUAAUAAAAACUAAUGAUUUGUUCAUUGAUAAAAUUCCUCACGGAAUUCAUGAAUAA